UGUGGGGGGGGGUUGGGGGCAGAUGAAUAAAGACUCACGGAAGACGGAAUUACAAACGCUUUGAAUUUCGGACAGCAACAGAAAAGUCUGCGAUGGCUUUGAUGACAUCAGCGGCGUCCAGCGACGUUCCUGACAACCACAGAGGAAGCUGGGAGGCACUUCUCCGGGCGGCUGACGCUUACAGCAGGCAGAGCGGGGGGGAAGUCGCCUUGCUGUCGGCGCAGAGGAAAUACGGAGCGCGGCGCGGGGGGGCGGAGCCCAGCCUGGGGGAGGGGCGGAGCUACACCGUGUGGGGGGCUGGGGCUCUGGCGGAGUCCGCCCGGCGUUACCUGGACGACAUCGCCGUGCUCCACGGAACCCUCUGCCUGACCUCGGCUCGGGUCGGGUCUGGACGGAGCAGGACCCCGGACAGAAUCUCCAUUGCGAGCGGGUUCAGUUCAGCCGAAGUGGGAGGAGCCAGCCCCAGCAGCCAGAACCUCUACUCGCAGAGCUACCCGUCAAUCUACAGCGGGGGCGUGGUCUUGGGAGGCGGGGGCGGGGCUAACGGAAUCGGCCAUGAGGCCUCCGGGUCGCUAGAGGGCGCCGUCCUGACAGAGCAGGGAAACAAACACAAUCUCCUGCUGCAGAUGGGAGAGGGCGAGGUGGCGGGGCCGAGGGGCGGGGCCAGCGACCGGGGGGAGGAGCUAGAAGAUGAGGAGGAGGAGGAGGAAGAGGAGGAUGAUGAAGAGAUAGAGAGACGCAAUAGAAACCUGAAUGAAGCAACAGCGAUGUUUGUGAUGGAUGAAGAUUCUACAUCUCAGGACUGUGAACCUUACUUUGAGUCGGACGCAGAAGAGGAAGCAAGUACUGAUGACUCCUCUCUCAGUGAGGACCCCCCCCUCUCCUCUCGCUCAGUGUUCUCCCGGCCGGCCCCCCCCUCUCGCUCGCUCUCCCAGCAGCACCUCGCUCGCUCGCUCCCCGUUUCCGUGCCGAUUUGGGGGUACAGAGAGUUCACGGGGGGGCACGCUCCGAGCCACGCGGAGAGUCACAGCGGGGAACAGCGGGCUGGCUGUUUCGAUCUGGAUCACAUCGCUGCCAGUAUCCGCGCUCUCACUGUCAGAGUCACCGACGGGACGGAGAUGUUUGGAGACUUACCCCGACCCAGACUGAACACGGGGGACUCCCAGAAACCCAAAUACUGAGGGGAGGGGAGGGGGAUGGUAAUAUAGACACAGGCAGACAGAAACACAAAUACUGAGGGGAGGAGAGGAGAGAGAGGAGAGAGGAGAGGAAUGCUGUGUUUAAUAUAGAGGGGGAGAGAGAAACGAACACUAAGAGAUACUGAGAGAUAGACAGACACUAAGACAGACACACAGACACUAAGACAGACAGACAGACAGACACUAAGAGACAGACAGACAGAGAUAGACACAGACACAGAGAGAGAUAUAGACAGACAGACACUGAGACAGACAGAGAGAGAGGAGAUAGACAGACACUGAGGCAGUAAGAGACAGACAAGAGAUAGACAGACACAGAGAGAUAUAGACAGACAGACAGACACUGAGGCACAAAGAGACAGACACUGAGACAGACAGACACUGAGGCACUAAGAGACAGACACACAGACACUGAGACAGACAGACAGCGAGAUAGACACUAAGAGACAGACAGACAGAGAUAGACACUGAGACACUGAGACAGACACUGAGACAGAGAGAGAUAUAGACAGACACACAGACACAGACAGAGAGGAGAGGGGAGAGGAGAGAGGAGAUAGACAGACACUGAGGCACUAAGAGACACACACAGACACUGAGACAGACAGACAGAGAGAUAGACACUGAGACAGACACUGAGACAGAGAGAGAGGAGAGAGGAGAUAGACACACUGAGGCACUAAUAGACAAUCCCAAUCAUUUCAAUACAACACUAGACACUAUUGUCACACCAAACUUGAUCCCGUGUCAGAUCACUAGGGGGCGCUGUCUCUUCUAUAAAGACACUGGCUGUGUUACACUGUGGCAGGCAGCUGAAUCGACGUGUUGAAAUGCUUUGUAUUGUUAAAGAACUACAGCUCCCAGCAUCCCUCGCCAUGGCCCGCGGGUGCAGAGGCAUGCUGGGAGCUGUAGUCCUAUAGCCAGGGCUGGAGCGAUUCACUGUGUCUCGAUGAAUCGCGAUGCUUUCUUUACAUGAUGUGUCGUAAUAGAGGUCUGUAUCGCUUGUGAUACGAGACCGCAGCAUAAAGAACUACAGCUCCCAGCAUGCCUCGCCAUGGCCCGCGGGUGCAGAGGCAUGCUGGGAGCUGUAGUCCUAUAGCCAGGGCUGGAGCGAUUCACUGUGUCUCGAUGAAUCGCGAUGCUUUCUUUACAUGAUGUGUCGUAAUAGAGGUCUGUAUCGCUUGUGAUAGGAGACCGCAGCAUAAAGAACUACAGCUCCCAGCAUGCCUCGCCAUGGCCGCGGGUGCAGAGGCAUGCUGGGAGCUGUAGUCCUAUAGCCAGGGCUGUCCCGAUUCACAAUACAAUAACUAGGGCAGCGCAGCUCGAACUGAAGAGCAGCUCCUGAACUCACAGUCAAAGCAGCGCAGACUCAGAGACACAGAAAUAAGAAAUGUAAUUUCUGUGAUUUUUUUUUUAAUUGACACCAAGAAAGACUUUCUAGUCGUUAGUCAUUGAAUUCACACUGAAGACAGUGCGAGACGUCCCAUGCAUAAGAAACUGUGGAGAUUGAAUACUUAGUAGUGUCUUAAGAUUUCUAGCUACUGCAGUUGCUUCUUGUGAGCAGCAGGUGGGGAUGUUGCUACGAAUACACUUCAAAAAACUUAAAAUCCGAAAAUAAGUGUUAGUAACUGUUUUUAUUGAAUGGUUUUUUUGUGCGAUUAAUUUUGUUUGUCAUUUGAUUGUAUUUUAUUAAAAGAUACCUGCCUUUCACCUUCCGCUGGAGGAUAAGUGGCACAGACAGACAGAGCCCCACAAUCCUGUUCAGUUUUGAUGCUACAAUAUAAUCCCUUCUUCUUGGGGUCUGUGUUAGUUUACUACAUUCUGAAAAGAGUUUAGUGUCAUUAAAGCUGCAGACAGACAGACAGACAGACAGACAGACAAAUUGAUUAUUUAACAGUCAACGUAUAUUAACAAGCCUUUGUUUAUAUAUCUUAAUUCAGUAUGUGUGUGUGUAUAUAUAUAUAUAUGAGUUUGUGUGCAAAUAAAUACAGGUUAAAUUA